UUUCAUUAAUCACAUACAAAUUCAGGCGCAAGCGCAAACAGCCGAUGCUAGCUGUUCGAUUGACCAAAUGAAAUCUCGUGUUUACAUUAAAACUUACCAGUGUUAUGCGAAAACAGGAGCAUUACUACAGUAUUACAGCGUUAGGUAGCCACAUCGUGAACAAGCUCUUCUACGAACAGGUGCGCUGGGCACAGACAGAAACUUACACAAGUUAUCAUAUUUGUUAAAAAUCAAUUUUAUAGUUAAUAAUAUAUAUAUAUUUUCAAACUAUGGAACAAAUGAGACAAAAUAUGUUUCCAUUUUUUCCUCAUCCAUUUGCAUCGCCUGUGCACGGGAUGCCGAUGGAGAGGUUACAUCUGGGGGGUCCGGCUUUUCCAAUGUCCGCACCCAUGUUUGCCCCACCCCACACCUCCGUAUCGGGGAUGACGACGAUCGGGGCCUCGACCCCCGGGAUGCUGAUGAACCGAUUCGCCCCUCCCAUGGGGAUUCCGACGUUCUCGUUUUCACAGGAGGAGGUAGACAUGGUUCUCUACGGAUAUACAAAGAACAAACAGGGGGACAAACUAAAUGGCCACGCCCUCUCCGGCCUGAGACUCGGGGACAUCACACACGGUGGUGUCGAUGUAAGAUCCCGGGGGCGAGGCGGACAAAGAUCCCGUCCCCCCGGGGAAGGAAUGCACCAAAGUAUCGACCGAAUAUUGGGAGGCGGGACCGCAUACUCUCAUCCUCAGGUACGCCCACCUAUGAUAACAACUAAAGUAUUGGAGGCUGCAGGACUUGAUCUUCCAGAAGGGGUGGCCAUUUUCCAGACGACAUUUGCCGGUGGGAUACAUUACGGCGUGUUCUGUACCAAAACGAUAAUCUCCCGGGGGACUAAAUUCGGACCCUUCAAGGGCAGGACCGUCAACAUGAGUGAAAUAAAGACAAACGACGACAAUUCCUUUAUGUGGGAGAUAUUCAAAGAAGGUAAACUUAGCCAUUUUGUGGAUGGUCGUGGCAGCACUGGGAACUGGAUGUCCUUCGUGAACUGUGCUCGAUAUGCACAAGAACAGAAUCUGAUCGCUAUACAAACAGAUGGAAACAUCUUCUAUGAAGUGUGUAAGGAUAUUCCACAGGGGACAGAACUCUUGGUGUGGUACGGGGAUUGUUACCUACAGUUCAUGGGGGUACCCGUGUCACUGAAGGAAAUGGCAGAUGGCGAAGGCAAUCAGGAAAGUGAAUCGGCCGAAGGAUACCAGUGUGAGCGGUGUGGCAAGGUCUUCGCCUAUAAAUAUUACAGGGACAAACACUUAAAGUAUACUAGAUGUGUAGAUCAGGGAAACAGGAAGUUCCCGUGCCAUCUUUGCAGCAGAUCCUUUGAGAAGCGGGACCGUCUGCGCAUUCACAUUUUGCACGUGCAUGAGAAACAUCGACCGCACAAAUGUAUGGUAUGUGCCAAGAGCUUCAGCCAGUCCUCCAGCCUUAACAAACAUAUGCGGGUACACAGUGGAGAGCGGCCCUAUAAGUGUGUUUAUUGUAACAAGGCUUUCACGGCUUCCAGUAUUCUACGGACACACAUCAGACAACACUCGGGAGAAAAACCAUUUAAGUGUCGGCAUUGCGGGAAAGCUUUUGCGUCGCACGCGGCACACGACAGUCACGUGCGGAGAACACACGCGAAGGAGAAGGCUUGCUCGUGUGGUGUCUGCGGCACAAUAUUCGCCACCUCAUUCGAACUGAAAAAACAUAUGAAUAUCCACACCACAGGAUAAAUUGUGGAAAAACCAGGAGUGUGUGAUUUUAAUUUAUUACGUUUGUGAGUGGAUUGUUUGUUUUCCAAGAGAUUGUCAUUUUAAGGUUUAUGUUAGGUUUUGUAUGGUAUAUAAUUAAAUGUUGACCUUUUUACUCAUAAUUAUCAAAAAGUUUCUCUUCGAUAUGUUUAUCACAAGAAAUUUCCAACUUAUGUCGAAAUUGAGAAAAUGUCUAAACUAGAAUAAAAGCGAGUAGAAAUUCUAAUUUUUUGGCAAUUUUAAAACUUCUAAACAUCAAUUCAAUAAGUCACACAUAUGAAACACUGAUGUCGUAUGUCUUUUGUGUUAAUCUCGUGACUUAUAGCAUUUAUAAGAUUACAUUGUAAGGAUGCAAAAACGAAACGUAACACAUUCUACAUUUUUAGAAACCAUCGUAUGUUCUCAUUAGGGACGGUCUGCGGUCACAUAAGAAAUUAUGGAUGCAGUUUUAUUGAUAACUAAUCAUGAGGUUACAUAAGUUGAAAUAUGUAUGUAAUAAAAAACAAGCUUAGAUUGUAUUACAAAAUGUGCCAACAAUAGCUCGUAUUUCCAGCAUAUUAAACGGCAUCUGGAUACUCUAUGGGUUACGCUCACUUUCGCUCUCUGCACCCUUGAAACAUGUCAUAACAAAGUUGAAGGCACGUGGCUAGCUAUUUGAUUGGUCUCGGGUGAAAAAACAUGAUCAAACGCAGGCUGAUACCUGUCAUUUGAAGAUUAUAAAGGAGCACCACCUGACAGCAAAGCCAGAAAAUUGUACCAUUAUGCGACUGCGAUAUUCUUUUGAUUUACAUGAAAGGAUCAAACUAGUCCUCUUGUGUUAUGGACAAGGUGGUGCACACUGAGCCUUCGAUUUUUCUAUGACAUAUUCAAGGGCUGCAGAAAGUGAGCGUAGCUCCUGGUGUAUCAGGAGUGUAAUCAUAUUUAAUGUUCAGUCAUAUAAAUGUAUAUCAUAUCAAGCCAAUCACCUAGAAUUUAAGAGAACAUUAAGAUAUAUUAUAUUACUUGGCUUGAAAAGCUGGUUUUGUUUUUAUAUUAUGUCGAUGCUCAUUAUAUGUUGAUAAAAAUUGAAUUCAUUAUUUAUCAUUUUAAUAUGUCAGUUUAUUAUGAAUAAACUGAUAUCUUGUACAUAUAUUUUACAUCUAAAGCAAGCACAUUCUAAUGUGCUUACCUGUUGAGUUAUGAUUAGGUAUACAAAACAUUUUCUUAGCAUUCCAUGUUAAAUUACAUGAUAUUUGUAACACAUGUAUUAGCGAUCAACAUUUUGGUGUUGAUUAUAAUAAAAUAAUUUGAUUAUAAUUGCGAUGCAACUGUGCUAAUAUAUUUG